GUCAAGCGCCUGGGAGGAGCACAGCGGCUUUAGGAGCGCUGUUUCUUUUCUAUGUAAACACCAGCAGGAGUGAGAACACGGAAAGGGCCGGGCACAGCGCAGGUUAACUACGAGAUCUCAACGUAGUUGCUUAAGGGACACGCUUGACUGCAAGACUUCCAGUUCACUUGCCAGACCGAUAAAGACAGUUUUUAUCUACUUUGGUCCAGCCACCGAGAGUCCAGCGACUAGGAGUCCCGCAAUCGUUUUUCUUAUAGACUGUUGUUGUCAUGGCAUCGCCAGAGCUGCUUGUUGAAAGAGAUCUGGUGGAGGCUCAUCAAGACAUGCACGUGGAGGAGGACCAUGCUGAGCUGGCAAACGGUGCGCCCUGCUCUUCCCUUAACGCCACCAGCGAGGAUGGCAGCGGGAGCCACAGCAAGCGGGGUCACCGAAAGGGCAUCCGCAAACACCGGGACUACAUCAAGAUCUCCGUGCCUGACAGCAGGAGCAACCAGCUGCCCCUGGAAUGGUGGAAAACCGGCAUCGCCUUUGUGUACGCGGCCUUCAACCUGGUCCUGACCACGGUCAUGAUCACAAUCGUGCACGAGAGGGUGCCAGCCAAAGAGAACAACCCGCCCUUGCCGGAUAAGUUCUUUGACUACAUCGACCGCGUAAAAUGGGCUUUCUCUGUGACCGAGAUCAACGGGAUGGUGCUUGUGGGAAUCUGGUUUGUGCAGUGGCUUUUCCUCAGAUACAAAGCAAUCGUGGGCAGACGUUACUUCUUUCUGAUGGGAACCCUUUACCUGUACCGCUGUGUCACCAUGUACAUAACCACCCUACCUGUGCCAGGCAUGCACAUGACCUGCGCCCCCAAGCUGUAUGGAGACUCCCAGGCCAAGGUGCACAGGAUCCUGCAGCUCAUAUCCGGGGGUGGCCUGUCCAUCACCGGCUCCCACAUCAUGUGCGGCGACUUCCUGUACAGCGGCCACACGGUCAUGCUCACACUGACCUACCUGUUCAUCAAAGAGUACUCCCCGAGAAGCUUCUGGUGGUACCACCUGAUGUGCUGGCUGCUGAGUGCCGUGGGUGUGAUCUGCAUCCUGGUUGCACACGAGCACUAUACCGUUGACGUGGUGGUGGCCUACUUCGUUACCUCCCGCCUGUUCUGGUGGUACCACACCAUGGCCAACCUUCAGACCCUGAGAUGUUCAGCGUACAACUACCUCACAAACACCUGGUGGAACCCUGUGUUUAACUUCUUUGAAAGGAACAUCCAGACCCAGGUGCCCUGUGCUUUCUGCUGGCCGAUCACUUGGCCUCCUGCCUGCUUUAAGAACUCCUGCAAGAGAUACUCCAUGGUCCAAAGUAUACGAGAAGAAUAAAGAAAGGACAACUCACUGAGGCCUUCAAUAGCAGUGUUACAGUUAGCACUCAACCUUAUGUAGCCAAGUCUAUGACCUACAGGACAAAAAGGUGCAGGAGAGCUGCUAAGCUAAUACCAAAGACAAUGAGAAAAAGUACAUAUUGCAUAUGAUUAAAGGGUACCUGUCACUUCAUGUGAAACUUUAGUUUUACCGUUCUUAUGUAAUAUAGGAUCCUCAAUCUAGUUCCAAAAUUAAAACUGAGAGUGUUGUAUUGUUUAAAAUAUCUGUUUUAUUAUUUAACUACUGUAACUCAAGUCAACAGGCUGAACUGAAGAGAAAAAAAAACUGAAAAAAGCAACCAUACAGUCACAUUGUUUACUGAACUUUGCUUCAGAGUAUAUUGUCUAGUACAAUAUCUCCUUGGCUAAGCCUGCAGCCUCCUUGACUUGGUGCAGUAUGUACAAUUACAGUAAAGGUAAGAGGAAGACAACCCUGUGUAUUCGUUUGUGAGUUCUGUGGUCAGAAAGGCUGUCAGAUCCGUGAAGUUCAAACAUAAAGCAGACAAACUGCUGUGCAAUAAGUGGUCCAUGACAAUCAUCUUAAAGCUGAGGCUGAUCGUAAGGGUUCUCUCCACAACCUUGGCAAGCAUACUCGGCAACAGAGCCUUGUUUACACAAAGGCAGUGCUCAUAAUUGUUUUUUAAAUGGAAAAUACAGAACUGAAUUCAUAGAUGUGUUACUGAGUAGAAAUCACUCUCUCGAAUGCUGUGGGUGCAGACCAAAUUUGUGCAGUAAUCUGCUGUUAUUUGUACAAUGGAAUUGAAGGAACUGAAUUCUCAUCUAUUAAUAUAAUAUUUCCUUUGUGUAUGCAUUUUUAGUUCAGAUUGCGAGAACUUCUUCACUGUUACUGUUUCCUUUAUUUUAUACAUUUUGUAUGAAUUUGAUUAAUUUGCUUUGUAAAUGUAUUAAUUCCAGUCUGUAUUACAUGUUUAUACAGUUAUACAAGUGUUGACUUUAAGAUGACCUUUUUCUAUAAAUGAACAUUGACAUUUUAAUUGGCUGAAUCUUUGCUGUGUAUACAUUGAACUAAUAUUAAGUGUAUGUUAAUAUUAAUUAAGACUUUACUUCCAACAUAAUUUUUUAGGGAAACAAAAACAUAUUUACUAAUAUGUUUUUAAUAUUGAAUUUCUGUUUUUAUCAUUUUAUUUUGUCUUUUUUGAGUAUUUUAAAACUGUGCAAUCAGUUUAAAACUUUGACUAGAAAUAUAGCCUAUUUAAUUUAUAUGAAAUGAAGUGCUAUUUAGGGACAUUCCAGACAAAGAAAAUGCUUGUGCCCAAGCUUUAAAUCACAGGCAAGUUUAACUUGGUACUGGAUCAUAACAUGGUAAUGUAUUACUAUGUGCUUGUUGCCUCUAAAUCAACUGUCUCUUUUGACAUAUUUUUGUGAAUACAAACUACAUUCACAUGGAAAUGGCACUUCUAAACUAUGGAAUGAAGAUCUAAAUUGUAUAUUUAUUAAACUGUUAUUCACUGUAGAAACAUGUAAUGGCUGUAGUUUUAUGCGUGGUGGAAGGCUCCAUAGAGACCUGAAAAAUUCCAGAACGCUAUGUCUUAAGACUAUUUUUAAAUGGAUUACUGAGAAUGUUUUAUAUUGAUUUUAUCAUUUAAGAAAGAUAUAAAUCAAGAUCAGUGUUCAUAUAUUAUGUGCCUUAACAGUUGUGAAAUAGUGAACACACACUAUAAAAUAAACUAUCAUUAGUCUGAAAUGUUUAUGUCGUCUACAUACUGAAGUCUGUGUCAUUAUUGUAUGUACUGUAUGUCUGAAACAAUGACUGUUAUGAAUAAAAUAUAUGUAUUAAAGCA